AUGUCUAUCAACUGGGUGAUGCUCCAUGAUCAGGAGGACUUUGUCCGCCUUCCUAACGAACGCCUAAUCUACACCUCUCCCCCGAGAACCAGCUUCUCGUUGACACCACCAUCUGGAUACAAGGGACCCGAAUCUCUAUCGGUUCCAAGCAGCGCUGGUCAUAUCUAUCUAACCAACCAACGUGUUGUCUAUCUCCCUUCCCAGAAAUCCCCGGCCUUCCAAUCAUUCUCAAGCCCAUUACUCAAUAUCCGCGAUUCUCAUGUAUCAGCGCCCUUUUUUGGUCCCAAUGUUUGGACUGCCCUCAUCCAACCGGUUUCAGGAGGAGGCAUCUCCCCAUCCCUUCCAGCCAUACAGAUAAAGGUAACCUUCAAAGAGGGCGGCGCUUUCGACUUUCACACGAAUUUUGAGCGGAUUAAGGAACGAUUGGAACAGGCGGUGGAAAACACAGGAGAGGGUGUCCGGGGACUCCGAGGGGUGGAUCUUGCUGCAGUGCAUCUGGAAGAACUCCCAGCCUACGAGGGUCCAAGUAAUCCCAAGCCGAGCGAGCCUGCUAGUACCAACGAUGCUUUGAAUGCGCCUCCAAGUAAUCAACGAGCAUCAGUUCUAGGCCCGGAGCCUAUGGAACCUCCACCGGGAUAUGAGGAAGUUCAGCAACAGAGUGUGGCUAAUGAAUUGGAGGAGCGAUUGCGACGGGCCAGUUGA